AUGACCAUAGCUUCCUCGGUCGGCUUGCAGCCGGCCUACGGGUACGCGACCCCCUUCGUGGGGCUCCGCCCGUCCCUCGACACCGUCACCGCCGGAAUCGACGCCGCAUGGAUGGUCUACCCUGCCCUGAAGGCAAGCAGGAGGUGGGGUCGCAACAUACGCCGCGCCGACAAGAUCAAGGCGCUCAUCCAGGUCGCGGGGAUCCUCAGCACCAUCGCGCUGGCCUUCGUCGGCCCUCAGCCGGGCAACUACGGCGACGGCGAGAGCGAUAGAGGGUUCGUACUGUACGGUGUGUACGAGCCGACGAGGACCACGGGCGGUGGGCGGCCCACGCAGGCGAAGGAUCCACCUGUUAGGGGUGGAUCAGGCGUGCUCGUCGCUUUGUGCGUCUCACUUGCUGUUGUGGGGACGGCGGGUGUCGUGCUGGCGAAGGCGAAGGGAAGGAGGGGUGCGUCGGGUGGAGGCGCCUCUUCGUCGUCGUCUUCGAGUUGCUCGUACGCGUACCAUAUGUACGCUGGCGGCAGUGGUGGAGGUGGGGACGCCGGGCCGUCUUCGGGAGGUGGCCAUCGUGGACACCUCAACGGAGGUCGCGGACCUCCAGCACAACAAAGUCAGCCUCCGGGCCGUGGCGGCCAACGACAACCACCAUCACAGCAAACCCCUGGAUUACCCAGAGUGCAGAAGCUCAGGGAGAGGCCUCUGCCGCAACAAAAACCAGAACCACUGGGCCCUCCUCCUCCUCCUCCUCCCCCGCCUCCACCACCUUCGGACACCGAUGCGCCAGGAGAGGACGACGAUGCGCCCAAACCACCAGAAGAGUACAACAUUUCAGGGGCGCUCGCAUUUGCGUUGGUCCUUGGGCUCAUCGCCAAACACUACUUCCCUCAGCCGGAGAAGGAACGCGACUGGCCCGAAGUUAUCGACAAUGCUGACAUUGACUUGGCGGAGUCGUCGGAGAUGAUGAAGGAGUUCAUCGAGAGUGCGGCGACGCUCGACAUCAAGACGGACGGGUUUGACAUGCUUGAGCUCUUACGGGAUGGACCGGCCGCACAGGCGGUCGUUCUACUUUCUGUCCUGGAAGAUGUCUCUGUCGGUGGCACGAAUGCGUCGCCUCUUCGGCGCAAAAUUGUCCCUGCUGGUCUUUCUCCUUCGCCUACGACAUUUGGUGACGCGCCCACUCAUUCUCUGGACCUGAUCGUUGCAGCUUGGUGGAGGAGGAGGGGGACAGAGGACUAUUGGGUGAUUUACCGUCUCGGAUGGGCGCUCCUCUUCGUCGUGCUGGAGCUCACGCGAGUGCCCAAGGUCAAGCUCCGUUCGGCCUUCCGCACCGCUGAGGCGGCAGCUGCGGCUGACCAGACAAGGAGGGUCGGGCUCGACUUUGACAAGUUGUGCGCGGUGUACGACCAGGAGGUCCCGCCGCUUGUGUUCAUGGAGUCGGCGGGCUUCUUCCUCGAGCCGCUCCUUAACUCGUAUAGUUUCCGUAUGAAGGGCAAGCCGCGGUGCAGUGGGUUGUAUAAGGACUCUGUGUGGCUUAAGACUACGACGGACUACGUAUGGGACUACCACCCCUUUUUUAACGUGGGCUCCGAUGACUUCGAUGCAAGGAAGGUGCAGUGGAAGGACUGGGCGGAGGUGCGCUACUUUGAGCCAGUCACGGAGGUGGAGAAGGGGGAACAUAUGGAGAUCAUCAAAGUCCGCCCGCCUUGGCUUCGUUCCUCUGCCCAUACCUCGUCCUCCGGCAAUGCCUCGUCCUCUGCUCAUGCUUCUAGUUCUGGUCAUGAUCACGGUCAUGCAUAUGGUUCUCCCUCAUCCUAUGCUACUACCCCGUUGUCCUCACCGUUAUCCGCCCCAUCCACUCCCGAGCGCUCGCCCUCGCGUCCUCUCCGACCCCGUCCCCGCGACUCGCCCUACCCGAAAGCACCUAGGAUCCUCUACACCAUCGAGGAGGAUCCUCCUUCCUCGGCUGUCCCUCAGGCUAGCGGGUCGGGGUCGAAGGGCCCGCCGGGGGGUGGGCUGACCCAUAUGGAGGCGCCGCUCCCGCCGGAGAUCGUCGGCGGGCUUGCGUAUAGGGCGAUGAAGAUGAAGGAGAGUGGAGAUUGGCACCCGACGCAGGGAGAGGCGCUUUGA